UGCAUUUUUAUACGUUCGUCUUGUAUUAUCAAAGAAUGACUAAUUUUCGUGAGUGUGUUUUUGUUUAACAAAAAAAUUAAUUUAAAAAAAAAUAUAAUAAAAAUUAUUAAUAAUUUUAUGGAAUAUUUAAAGAAAUAAAAAAGAAUUUAAAAAAAGUGCAAGAAAAAAAAUAGAUUACAUAAAUUAAAGAAACAAGUUUUUGUGUGUUUUAAGAAGGAUUCAAUAUGAAAAAACAAUUUACCAAAAUUAAAAUAGCAGCUGAAAAUCUUUCAAGAUCUAAUAAGCCAGAUCGCAAGGAUUUUGAAUUAGAAACCAUCGAAAAACAAGUGGAAAAAUAUCGCGAUGUCUUGGAUAAAAUGGUGCGAAAAUUGCCUACUGUGCCCAACAGUAGCAGCAGCGGCGGUUCAGCCGACUUACAAGAACGCGAUAAACGCAUUAAAAAACAAACACACUAUAAAAUUGGCCAAGCCCUCGAAGAGUCAUCAAAGGAAUUAUCAAAAGAUAUGCCUUUGCAUCAUGUUUUAGUAAAUUGUGUACGGGAUACAUUACGUUUUAAGGUUGAGAUCUCUUGUAUUUCAUUGUCUAAAAUUAAUUUAAGACGCCGCACCACUUCGCAUUCUGUUUCCAAUUCACUGUCAACAAUACACUCAGCAAUUGACUUUUCAAGUUCGCCUAUUAUGAUGGAAGAAAGAGCUGCCAUACGUUUAGAUGAGCCACAGGCGAAAAUCAAUCACAUUAAAGAUCAACAGGAACAAUGUGAGAUUAAAUUGGAAAAAGAGCGUGACUCAUGGGCUGCUCAAAUGUUUGAAUUGAUCGCCAAAGAGGAUGUCAUUGUUCAAUGCAUACGAGAUUAUGUACUCAACCAAAGAAACUAUCAUGAGCGUGCUUUACAAAAGGUCAACACAUCUUUGGCCAAUAUACAAGAUAUAAUACAAUCCACAGUGAAGUCACGUUUUGGCACUUCGCUAACGGAUCACUUGGAUUCUACAAAUCGUGAAAUAUCUUAUAUUAUAGAGUUAUGUGUCUGCUGUUUGGUGGAGAAUGGUUUAAGCGAGGAGGGCUUAUUACGUGUGGGUUGUGCCAGUACUAAAUUGAGACGCAUGAAACAUGCUUUAGAGGCACAGUAUGUUAAGACUCCUCUGCCUUUGGAUUAUCAAGAUCCUCAUGUUAUAGGUUCUAUUUUAAAGUUAUAUUUGCGGGAAUUACCUGAACCUUUAUUGACCUUUAAGUGCUAUAAAGAUUUUCUUAAAGCGGUUGAAAAACACUCAGAGGAAGAACGUAAAAUUGAGAUUAAAAAUACUUUGGCCAAACUGCCCACUUCAAAUUAUUUAAAUUUACGUUAUUUAACAAAAUUCCUAUGGUUGGUUACCCAAAAUGUCGAUUGCAAUAAAAUGUCUUCACACAAUUUGGCCAUAGUCAUGUCACCGAAUAUGUUAUGGCCUCGUGUUGAUAAAAACAAUCCAGCCGAUUAUAUGGGUCAGGUGAAUAGUUCAUCGGCUGUUAAUAUCAUUGUAGAGCUGUUGAUAAGUCAAUGGGAUUAUUUCUUUGAGGGUGAGGUGGAUUUCUUUGUCACUUUACAGCGUGGCAAACUGUUUGUGGAGGAUAAAAGUAAAUCGAAUUCUUCGAAUGAGAAUUUAGAUCGUCAUGAUAUAGACCUCUCUGAUAGUCCCCGCUAUGGCACCAUAAGACGUCAAAAGCCCUGUGCUCCUUCACCACCUGCAAAACCACAAAAUAUUGUAGUUAGCUCUGAUCCUAAUGGUUCAACUGCAAAUGAAACUACUAAAAACAAUGGAGAACUACAGCAUAAUAAUCACCAAAGAGCUAAAGAACUAUUUCCCUCAAACAAUAUAAACACCACACAAGCGGUAACUAAUAAUAACAACAAUAGUAGCUCGGCUGAAAAACCUGAAAUUCCUCCCUUACCCAAACAACUGCUCCUUCAACAACAACAACAGCAACAGCAACAAACGAAUCAAAACGAAACAAAUACAACGAUCACAACUAAUACAACACAUCCUCCCAUUUCCGCCAAACCUGUACCCAUGACACGUACACAAUUUUUCGGUUUAGAUAAUUUACCCUCACCCACUGCUGAUCGCAAGAGUAAUGAUAGUGUUAGUUCUCUAAACUUUAAACCAGAUCUCCCACAAAAACCAAAAAUACCCAAACGACCCAUGGUUUUAGGUUUAUCAACAACAACUGCCGGCGGCAAUGGUUCCGGUAUAAAUAAUAAAAGUGAUGAGGAAUCUACUCCCACUAAUAACAGUCAAAAUACCAGUGAUUGCUGUACAGCUACAAAUGGUUCAUUACGUGGUCAUAAAACUGCCGAACAAUUGGUACAAGAACAUUGUGAUAAUGUUACCGCUUUACAGGCCAAUAUUGGCAGCAGUAAUACCUCGAUACCCUCAGCUAUACUUAAAGAAACCAAUCAUAAUAAUCAUUUAAAUCUACAGACAACUACUGCAACAACAACAACAACUGCAAAUCAUAAUACUAAUAAUCAGGGCAAUUUAGAAGUGAAUGCUAAUGCUAUGACUGCACCGCCUCCUGUCAUACCUCCUCCUCCGGCUGUAACAGUGGCAAAAGUUAUGACAACUAAUACUAACACCACAGAUAAACCAAUAGAGAUACGCUUGACCACCCCCACAACUCCGGUAUCGCCUAAUAUGAUUAUGACACCUAAACGACCUACAGUGCCUGCUCCACCCCCGCCUACAAGUGCGAAAAAACUAAGUGAAUGAUUUCAUUUACAAAAAUGAAAUGUUGAGUUUUGAAUGCUGGUUUAAAGCGUGUUUGUUAGUUAAGUUUUGGGCAUGUGUGUGUGUGUGUGCUUAUGUGCUUGUUUAGCACAAAGUUGAUUUUUUUGAAUUUUAAUUUAGGUUUGAGAAAAAAAGCAGGAUUUGUUAAGAAAUUAAUGAAAUAGAAAGAGAUUGAACCUCGAAAGGUUGAGGUUUUAUUAAAAAAGUGCUUUUGUACAAAAUUUUCCAGAGAAAGUUCAUUUAGUAUGUUAUCGAUGAAUUUUCUAAGAGAUUUUCUAAAGAAAUGUUUUAUUAUCGAUAAACUUAAAUUUUGUUAUCGGGCACAUUUUCUUUAAGUUAUCAAUAACAUUUACUUCAAAAUUUGUGUAAUCGAUAA